GAAGCCAUACAUUUUAUUUUUUGGUGAAUAGCCAGAAGCCAUACAUGUUGAACGAGAGGCAUCCAAACAAACACAAAGUCCAUCGUCAUCAUAGGAAAAAACGCCUUUUUUAUUUAUUCAUUUCUUAUACGUAUUUGUUUCUGUGACCACAAAAGGCAAGCAGAAGCAGAAACCAAAAACAGUCAGUCUCUGAGCCGCCUCCAAAAUUCAUAAAAAGGAUAAAAGCGGGCAAAGGACAAUUGACUUGUCUGUCUUUUCUCUCUUUUUGCUUUUUUGGCCUUCGGUGGAGAUUAGGUUGUCUUAGUCUCGGUGAAAGAGAGAGAGGGAGAAAAAAAAAAAUUAAAAUAAAUAAAAGAAGAAAAAAAAAUAAUAAAGGAAGAGACUUUGUGGUUCAUCUACUGAAAUUUUUAGGGGGAGAGUUGUUUUGGGGCUCUCUGUAUUCUUAGUUCUUGGUUACCCAAGAAAGAGAAAGAGAUGGAGAUGAUGUGUUACCAGCUGGCUAGGUCUUCGUACCAGGACUUUUUGAAAGUUCUGGAGGCAGAUGUUCAGUAUGCCAAUUCUCUUGCUGCUGCAAUUCCGAGAGGAAAGGGUGGAGCACGUCUUCAAAUGAAAUUGGUUUAUAACAAUUUGGCUCCCUUGUUUUUAUUUUUGUUGCAAUGGUUGGAUAGCUCUUGCACAUGUCUACUUCCGAGAUACCUAAAUUUUUUCCACAUACUUGUUUACAAGGUGUACACAGAUGGAAGGCCAAAUAUUUCCACUCAUGGAAGGAAGGCAACUAUCAAGGAUUUCUAUGCUAUUAUAUUGCCAUCCCUUGAAAGGCUCCAUGGAGACUUUGAGAAGUUGGAUGAUGCUAAAGAAGGGCAUUCAAGCAUUGAGAGUUCUGGCAAGAAGAUGAUCAUGGGAGAAGGUGGUCUUGCAAAUGUUGAUAUGGAGAGGGAAGAUGAAUGUGGGAUUUGCUUGGAGCCUUGCACCAAGAUGGUCUUGCCUAAUUGCUGUCAUGCUAUGUGCAUCAAAUGCUACCGGAAUUGGAACACAAAGUCAGAAUCCUGCCCUUUUUGCCGUGGUAACAUAAAGAGAGUUAAUUCAGAAGACUUAUGGGUGCUCACUUGUAACGACGAUGUGGUCGAUACUGAAACGGUUUCGGAGGAGGACUUGUUGCGCUUCUACCUCUACAUCAACAGCCUUCCAAAAGAUCACCCGGAUUCCCUUUUCUUUGUUUACUAUGAGUAUCUAAUUUGAUUUGAAGAAAAUGAAGAAUGUUGUACAGAUAAAAAAUGCCGACCCUCAAAUGUAAAUAGAGUCUGGUAAGGAAAAUUCUCUUGGAAUUUUUUCACAGAAUAACAUUGUCCAGUUUGCUUGUAUGAAUUUUAUGAAUCAAUGCAAGACACCUUUACGAGUUACAUAGAAA